UUUUUUUCCCUAUUUUUAACUUCCUCCCAAAGUAUAUUUAUAACUUGUGCUGUGCGGGAGCAAACAUGGCUGACAACGACACAGAAGUUCCCUACUUACCAGGGUUAUCAUGUCAUGAUUGGAUUGCUCCACAAAACUUGACCUUCCAUGUUAGUAUGGCUCUCUUUCUUGUGUCUUGUGUUAUACCAAGCACCUUCAAGCAUUAUGUCAUCACAAACCGGGUGUUUCUCUUCCUAUCUGUCGUAAUGUUCAUGCUAUGGGGUGGUUUAUACUGGUGUACGUGGGACGUUAUAUGGUGGGGUGCGGUGCUCAUCAUACAGAUACUCGCACAACUGGUGUUUGCUAUUUAUAAGAAGAGACAUGUCAAGUUUCCAACAGCUUUGGAGGAUUUGUAUAUCGAUGUGUUCCAGACAUUUGCUGUAACAAGGCAGGAGUUCAAAGCCCUGGUCCACCAGAACUGCAAAUGGGUCCAUAUAUUUCCCGGCGAUAAAUACGCUGUGGAGGGUAACACUACUGUGGAAGCUAGGGUUUCUAUGCUGGUGUCGGGCACAUUACGAGUGACUUACCGCGGCAUGUUCCUCCAUGACAUCAAAGAUAAGGAGAUGAUUGAUUCACCAGAAUGGCAAUCCACUAAGUUGAAGAGGGGGGAGAGUUUCCAGGUCACAAUAGAAGCAGUUGACAGAUGCUUCUACUUGUGUUGGAAUAGGGAGAAGCUUCAAUACUAUCUACAAGUCAACCCUAAAUUAGAGGAAGCAUUCAAAUACAUAAGAGGGAAAGAUGUAAUGGAUAAGGUAUAUCAGACCACCAUCAACGCCAUGCGUCGAGCACGUGAUGUUCGUAAUGAAGAAGAACAAAUCAGCGCAACUAAUAUAAGGAUGGGGUUGGCUGAGGAAGACCCCAGUGUUAUAUACAAGUGAUUACAGUAUCCAGUGUUAUGAAUAAGUAAUGAAACAUCAUAGUAUAGGUGUCACGAUUUUAAAUUUUAAGUCUGGGGUCAUAUUGUUAAAAUGCAGUUAUCCAAAUUUUUUUUUAACUUUUAACAAAAUUCUGGCGUGACUUUCAUGUAUAGGAUAAAACACACGGAACUUCAUUGAUUUAAGUUUUGAAUACUAUGUAAUUUGGGCUCUGCUUGUCAUAUCGAAGGGUAUGAUAAAUGAUAGUGAUGUCAUAGGUGCCAAACUUUAAAAAUGCAGGAUAGGCAGGGAUAGAUGGACUCGCGCUCUUUUAAAAGCAAUUUUGUUGUAAUUUUACUGAUUAAAUUAGUUUGGAAAUUUCAGGGUUGGCUCACACAGGUUUGGCGCCUAUGAUAGUGAUGUCAUAUUAAACGGUGUAAAUUAAAUUCAUGUAUGAUGUCAUAUAACUUAGUUUGCUGUUUUGCUCGAGAUUGGUUUUAAAUAAAAUAAACCCUCAGUU